AUGGAUGAGAGCAAUAACUUCAAUGCCCACGUCAGGUCAAGAGCACCACACAUCCAACGGAGGUCAAGCCGGCAUGAUUCGUCCCAGGACAGGCAUGGCAGGGUGUUCACGGAACAGGAUCAUGGGACGAUCCGUGCAGUGACCCCAGAUUCCGGGUCGUACACCACAUUUCGCGACACCUCCGUCGACGCUCCCCAGGUCCGAUCCCGGGGAUUGUCGUCAUCUCAACACCGAAACUCUCAGCAGAGACGGGAGGCCUCCGCCUCCCUGUCGAAUACGGAUGAGGAAAGUACCAUUGAGAGGAGGAGACGAAGGGCUCAGACUAGGAUAGGCACCAAGGACGAGAUUCCGCCGGACGCCUCCCCAGGCUCGUUCAUCUCCAAAACGCGCAAGCGGCUUGGAUCCAUAACGACUGGGCCUACACUAGCCCAACGUGCUGGUGAUAGCUAUGAGUCUAUCGGCUUCCCUUCUGUGAUCCAGAGUUCGGAACUCUCGCCGCAGACGGAUUCUCGAAAUCCCCCGAGGACCCCGCGCCGGCCAUUCACCCCUGAUGAUAUGUUGUCGGGAAGUGCUGCUAGUAUCAAAUCUCCGAGGCUAUUGGACAUUGACUCCGGCAGAAUCUUGCAAUUGAUGAAAACCACCUGUGGUCGGAUGCAUGGGAUACUGUUCUUCAGACCGUUGCAUACCACGGCCUGGGCAUCUGGCUAUUGUGCCAUUAAUGUUGCGCCGGGGAGCCUUGUGUGCCAAACAAAAGGAGAGGUUACACAGUCCAGAACCUUGAUUGCGGAUUUGAGGGGUUGCACAGUCAGGACUCAUUAUGACCAAGAAACCCAAAGCACCUAUCUCAGCGUGUUGGUUGCUUCGUCCGGGACGGGCUAUCAAUUACGACCUCCAGUGCCAGAAACAUUUGAUUCCUGGCUUGCAGCUUUGCUAUGUUGGCAGCCAUUGCGGCCGAAGGGAUCACACAACAAGAUGACGAAACCUCAACCCAUCAGCAUGAUUGAGAAAAAGCCUGUAUCCCAGAGGCGAGUAUCCGAUGUGAUCAGUCCCAAAAGCACGGCCAUCGUCAAGGCGGGCAAGAUGUUGCUUUGGGAUGGUCCCUUUCCCUCAGGCUCGCAACUUGCCUCUUUCACGGACGACAAUGGUACAACUGCCGCACCCUACUACCGUUGGCGGAGAGUAAAUUGUACCCUACAUGAAAAUGGGACUUUGCGGCUCUUUAGCGACGUCGACACCCGAGUACUCUAUACAACUCAUCUAGCAGAGCUCUCGCGUUAUGCCAUCCAACGGUUGGACGAGAGCGUGCUCCGGAUGCCCCUUUGCAUUGCGAUAUAUCCACAGUAUCGCAUCCACAAUGCAUCUGCAACGAAUGCAAGACCUAUGGUCUUGUGUCUCGAAACCAAAGUUGCCUAUGAAGCAUGGUUUGUGCUCUUGCAGGCGCUCACUGUUCCGGAGCUGUAUGGACCUGAGCGACCAUUCUCGGAUGCUUCGAAAAUGCCAGAAAAUGAUGUUCGGCAACAAGCUCAACCAACCGAGGGCAUGUUCCGAAUAGAACGUUCACUGUCAGUCAAGAUUACAGAAGCCAAAUUCAAUAAUCGGUUGGCACCUAGCGAUUCAUAUGACUUCCACAAGCCCAGGUCCAACUCUGUUAACAGAAACCAAGGCAGAGAACGCGUCUAUGCCGAAGUCUUGCUCGGCAAGGACCUGCGUGCCCGCACAGCUACCAAAUCGAGUACAGGUUCGGCAUUUUGGGCGGAAGAAUUUAAUAUAGAGGAUAUUCCUGCCGCUCUGUCGAAGAUCACAAUCGCAGUUAAGCUUGAAAGCCCGGCGGAGAAAGAAUGGACAGCCGUCUCUGAAGGAUUCAAUGAGAUUUCUGCCGAUGCCGGGUAUCUUUCUGGCCUCAAUGGACUGGAGAUAUCAUCUCAUGAUCCAGUGUUCGGUAGGCUCGAUGUGUCAAUAGACGAGCUGGAACACAAGGGCACGCUCGAGAGAUGGUGGCCUUUACUGGACAACAACGAUCACUCUGUCGGCACGCUUUUGUUACGGCUGAGUCUUCGAGAGACUGUGGUCUUGAUCGAAAAGGAAUACACAGAGCUUUCCUCACUUCUACAGCAAUUUUCGAACGGCUUGACUACCCAGAUCGCUCAGAUACUAGGCCCAGAUCUUCGUCAAUUGUCUGAUAUCUUAUUAGACAUUUUCCAGGCUUCUGACUCCGCUAAUGAAUGGAUCAGCAGCCUCAUUGAGGAGGAGAUCGACGGUAUUUACAGGGAUGGGCCUCCAUCGCGCAUGAGAUUCAGUGGUCGCAUCCAUUCGAACGACUCCUUUGAAUCCGCCGAGCAAAGGGAGCUUCUGGUGCGAGAUCUCAGUAGAUCGGCGACUAUGGAGGCAAACCUACUGUUCCGCGGCAAUUCCCUGGCGACGAAGGCGCUCGAUGCUCAUAUGCGCCGUCUCGGGAAGGGUUAUUUGGAGGAGGUGUUAGGAGAGAAACUUCGAACGAUCAUUGAGCGCAAUCCGGAUUGUGAGGUCGAUCCGAACAGAGUUGCGUCGAACGAACAGCUCGAGAAGAAUUGGGCAAACCUACUAUUUCUGACAAAAACUGUGUGGAGGUCGAUAUCGGAUUCGGCAUCUCGUUGUCCCAUGGAUUUGAGAGUUAUAUUCCGCCUUGUACGGUCCGUUGCUGAGGAUCGGUAUGGAUCUUUUAUACGGACGGUCAAGUACACUAGCGUAUCUGGUUUUCUUUUCCUACGGUUUUUCUGUCCGGCUAUUCUCAACCCCAAACUCUUUGGCCUCAUACAAGAUCACCCACCGGACCGCACCAAGCGGACCUUCACUUUGAUCGCAAAAUCUUUGAAUGUCCUUGCCAACGUGGCACGGUUUGGUACUAAAGAGCCUUGGAUGGAGCCGAUGAACAAGUUUUUGGCGUCAUCCACGAACGAAUUCAAGGCCUUUAUCGACGAAAUCUGCGCUGUCAGUUCCACCCCAGUUGUGACCGCGAGCCUUGAGCCUCAAUUUGCCGCUCCAAAUCAGAUUCGGAACCGACUCCCCGAAGUAUCUAAAGAAGGACUGCCAAGUUUGCCGUUCCUACUUGACAAUGCUAAGCUUCUGGCUCAACUCGUUGGUCUUUGGAUGGACCAUGCUCCAGAGAAUAUCCGUGAGGUAACCGAUGACGAGGCUGUGCUUGCUUUUCAUGCCCUUUGCGUCAAAUUGAGCCAAAAGAGCAAGGAAUGCCUCAAAGCCGCCGAGCAAGCCGAGCGACCAGACGAAAAAUCCGAGUCUACAUGGCAACAGAUGCUCACCGACCAGCAGGGAGCCAUGACGGCCAAUCCGUUUGGUGGACAACCGAUGGAACCUCAAGUCGAUCACGAAAUAACUGCCUUGCCACAAACGGCCAGGCCAUUGACGGAGACAGAACUUGUAGCGGCAGAAACAUCACCGGUACUUGCCGAGCCAGACAGUACACCCUCUAGUUCAGCAUCUGUUGCUUGGGACAGACGGAUCCCCUUUCCCCACCGGGCAGCAGAAGCUCGAGCGUGGACGGAAUCGACCAAUUCCUCAUCGGCUUCCGUCGAUAUGGUCGAAGACGGGCGGUCGAGGCCUCUGCCGAACAGCCGUGAUGGCUCAGCGAAAAGUCGGCUGUUCGAGCUCAUGACUUCGUCUACACGAAGGAAAGGAAAGACUGGAGAGCGACAUCAUCCGGAUGACGAUGCAAAUGAAUUUUGA